UACAGAAGCACCAGCUCAAUCACUACUUCGACUCGUCGUCCCAUAUACAUCUUGCAACUCCAGCACCGCCUAAGGCACAUCAGUCACAAUGCGCUUCCUGUCUUGCGUCUCUGCUGCCCUGGUGGCCAUCUUCGCGUCUACCACCUUUGCGGUCCCCAUCAACGGUGGUGUCAACUGCACUCAACUCGAACAGCAGAUCGUCACUCUACAGCAGGGGGUGAGCACGGCCAACGGUACCAACCCGGAAGGAGUCCAAGCUGCUCAGCAGCUUCUGUACGGUGCGAGGCUCGUGCAGGCCACCGAGUGCACCAACUCUUCGCCGGUCAAGCGAUUCUUCCCUCCUACUGGUCCGUUAAUGGAACAUCCUCACUACCUCCGAUCCCCGGAUUUAACGGCACGGUUCCACUUCAUUAAUUGAUGUCGAUCCCCGAUUGACACCCUUCCCAAGGCCGGAGAUCUCGUUGAGGAGGAAAGCUCCGACAACGGGUGGAUUAGAUGUGAAGUGGAGCGGCAUGGCCUUAGUAUAGGUUUUUCUCCCUUUCGAGGUUUUCCUGUACUG